AAGAUGGACCAGCUCACAAUGUCCAAUUUAUUGUGUCACUAAAUAUUGGGUCAAUGCCAGCACUGGCUCAGUGCUUCCCCACACUUUAUAGCGUCUCAUUCAAUUUGUGUACAACUUCUGCAGGACUCAGUCCACAAAGGAUCUCUUUCAAGUGCACUCUUACAAUCUUUGCCGCUUUUCAAAAUAAUGUGCAAUACGAUAUUACUCCUGUUCCAAUCGUGACGUUGCUGUGCAAAAUUGCGUUGUGAUCGAACUGCGCUUGCAAACUACAAGAAUGUGAAGUGACUUUAGGUGCCGAAAAUUAAAUUCUAAAUCUAUUUUGUGAUAAUUGUUGUGAUAUAAAUAAGUGUUGAUAAAUCAUGAGCUGCAUUAACAUAGAGGUGCAACCCGAGUGGGCCAAGUGCUGCUGUUGUAAAUUGUCUGUGUCAAAAUCAAGUGGAAGGCUGAAAUGGUGUGCUGAUGAAGAUGGGAAUUGGAAUAGAUGUAUCAAAGUAAUGCUCCUGGUUACUGUGAUACUUUUACCAGUAGCCGUGCUAGCCCUCGGAAGAGUGCGUUUUCCUCUAAAUAACCAAACAAACAAUGGAGAAGGCAUUGAAGAAACAUUCUUCAGAAAAUCAGUACCUUUUGAUAUUGAUAUGUCGGAGAAUCCUCAUCAGCAGCAUUUCCUGAACGAUUUGCAUACAACUGGCUGCCUCCCUACCGCAAAAAGUUUUUAUUCACCGAGGACAAAAAGGCGGCUACUGCUUGGAAACGGUAAGUUACCAGAAGAUGAAACAGAUGAAAAUGAUGAUGAGAAAAAAGAAAAAGCGGAAGAUUAUUUUUUUGAAACUGACGAAGUCCUUGAUUCAAAAAAUGAUAAAAAUCCUAUGUUUGACUUACUCUACGAUGAAACCUUUGAUCAUAGUGGUGACAAUGGUCAAGUCUCCCAUCAGAUCGACAAAGAAUGGAACACUAAUGAAGAUAAUCCAGAGAGUAUUGGCAACAGUUUCAAUUCACAAAUUGGCUCCACUGCCCAUAUGAACCAAUGCUUUUGGAAAAGUAAUGGUGACAAAAAGAGUAUCCGAGAAGCUCAAGCUAAGCUGAUGAAGCAGUACAUGGAUACGACAAGUGACCCUUGUCAGGACUUUUAUCAAUAUGCGUGUGGCAAUUGGGCGAAAGUGAAUCCUUUGCCGAAGGAUAAAACAACAUUUGACACGUUCGAAAUUCUGAGAGAAUCUCUUGAUUCGAUACUCAGAGACCUUCUGCAAAAAGAUGCUGCGGCCAAAGACAUUCAAGCUCACAUAAAAGCCAAGAACUUGUACAGAUCGUGUAUGGAUUAUGGAGUGCUUGAGAGGAGAGGCACCAAACCACUGCUGGAUCUUUUGAACAGUCUUGGAUCAUGGCCUAUUCUGACUCCUGAUUGGAAUUCGUCGAAAUUCGACUUUAUUGAUUUGCUGGCAAAUCUCCGUCUGUAUAACAAUGAGAUACUUAUAGCUGAAUGGGUUGGACCAGAUAUUAAAAAUUCAUCAGUGAAUAUUAUUCAGUUCGACCAAGCCAGCCUCGGCCUACCGUCUCAAGAAUAUUUCCUUCUACCAGCCAACAAAAGAUAUCUUGAAGCAUAUAAAGACUACAUUCUUAAAAUAGCAAUUUUACUAGGUGCUGAUUCAGAUGUAGCACUGAAACAUUCAGAGGAGAUAGUCAAUUUCGAAACUGCUGUUGCUAAGAUAACGAAAAACUCAGAUGAGAGACGCAACGUUUCCGUAUUCUAUCAGAAGAUGACGGUAGGAGAGUUGGGGUCUAUUGUGCCACAAAUAGACUGGCAACGAUAUUUAUCGAUCAUCUUGGACAUACCUUGCAAUUAUAAUGAACCAGUUAUCAUGCUUGCGCUCCAGUAUGUGAAAAAUCUUGUGAUACUGCUUGAGAAAACACCACCCAGAGUAAUAUCGAACUACAUGCUGUGGAGAUUUGUUAGACAUAGCGUGAGUAAUUUGGAUGACCGGUUCAAGGAAGCCAGCCAGCACUUCUACUUCACUCUGGUCGGCCGAGAGCAGGCUCCUCCGCGCUGGAAGUACUGCGUCUCCCAAGUCAACAGCAACAUGGGCAUGGCUGUCGGAUCUAUGUUUGUCAGCCACUACUUUGAUGAAAACAGCAAAAACGAUACAUUCCUGAUGGCGAAAGAGAUCCAUCAGUCAUUUCAAGAAAUCUUGCAUACUGCAACUUGGAUCACAAAUGAGACAAAACAUGUAGCUUCAGAGAAGGCUGGAAAUAUGAUGCUGAAAGUUGGCUAUCCUGAUUUCAUACUUUCACAAAACAAGUUGAACAAAAAAUACAAGGAUGUGAAGGUCUGUGCCAGCCUUUACUUUGAAAACUGUUUGAACCUGAUGCGACACCAUGCCAGAAUGGAGCAUGCCAAACUGCAUCUGCCACUCAACAAAACAGUGUGGGACACCCCACCUGCUGUCGUCAAUGCCUAUUACAGUAGAAACAAGAAUCAAAUCAUUUUCCCAGCGGGAAUAUUACAACCUCCGUUCUACCACCGAUAUUUUCCGCGAAGCCUGAACUAUGGUGGAAUCGGGGCUGUGAUUGGCCAUGAGAUAACUCACGGUUUCGAUGACAAGGGUCGACUGUUCGAUAAGUUUGGCAAUUUGCACAAGUGGUGGUCGGACGAGGAUAUCUUCAACUUCCAUCAGAAAGCUCAGUGCAUCAUUGAGCAGUACAGCGAAUAUAUCAUACCAGAAAUCGGCGUAAGAUUAGAUGGAGCCCUUACACAAGGAGAAAAUAUAGCUGAUAAUGGAGGAAUAAAGCAGGCAUAUAAAGCUUACCAAAGGUGGCUUUCUAGUCACAGUGGGGUGGACGAAACGUUACCGGGCUUAAAUGCUUCUGGUGAGCAACUUUUUUAUUUGAAUUUUGCUCAAAUUUGGUGCGGCAAUACGAGGCCUGAAGCUUCGAGGAAUGGAAUUAAAACAGCCGUACACUCUCCAGGCAGAUUCAGGGUGAUUGGAACAUUAUCCAACAGUGAAGACUUUGCAAGAGUGUUUCAAUGCCCUCGUGGAUCGAGGAUGAAUCCUGAAUCAAAAUGCUCGGUUUGGUGACAUGAAAAAAUACAAAUUUUGCUAAUAAAACAUGCAAUGAAAUCAAA